AUGAAGAUGGCCUCUGUGCAGCGGAGUCAAGAUAGAAAUCGCCGCUUUUUAUUUUCUGGCUUCUCGUGUUAUCUGGUUGUAUCAUGUGUCCUUCAGAGCAUUCAGCCUUUUCUCUUUCAGCAAAACAGUGCAAGUCUCUGCAAAGGUUCUCUGCAGAGACGGGUGUUUUGCCUGGUUGCCAUAGAAACCGAGGAAGGGAUUGCUGGCGGGCAGCCAAGCCAAGCACCAAAAACCCUUGAUCUUGCUCGCAUUAAGAGCCUGUUGAACAUCUCUAGGCAGAAGUACCUUGAAGACAAUCCUCAGAAAAAUUUGGAAAAAGUAUGGGAACGCGCUGUGCAGAAGGCCAAAGAGUAUGAAAAAAUACAUUUCUACAGAGGGGCAAGUGAGGAGGUGGAGCCAAGCAUGGACACGAAGGAGCCUGAUGAUCUGCACAUAGAGCAGCCAGACGACAUAGAAGAGGAAAUAAUUCACGUUCAAGUCGUUCGACUGUCUGUAGGGAAACCUACAGCAGUGCCGUCACUACCUGGUCUGCCGAAAGACACUAUGUUUAACAGGCUUAGGUAUGAAGAGCUUGAUGAUUCUCCUGUCUUCUUAUUGGAUUUGGAAGGCUCUCGCAUCGCUCCGCUGCCUGCUCUCUUUGUGGGAGAAAUUGGGGCAUCAGCAGAAAGCGCGGAGGGCCUGUAUUCCCGCCUUUACCAAACGCUUGAUGAAUUACAGAGCGCCCCAGAUGACAAUGAUGAUGACUCCCGGAUUUCCUUCUCUGAGCUACCACAGUACUGCGCGGGACAAGAAUUCGCAAGGCGGUGUCUUCCAAGUGAACAACGGUCAUGGUGGACUUUUUUCCAAUCAGGAGGAUGGGGCAUCCAGAAGUUUCUCUGCGGCAUGCUGCUCUUCUCCCUCGGCGUUGGUGCGUGGUCCACUAUCCAGCCCUUCAUCGCCUCGAUAUUUGGUGGCAAAUAA